UCGCUUUUGACUGUCGCUCGGCUCUGUUACAGAAUCAAAGCUUUCCCAAUUCAAGACCCUCACUUUCUCUCCUCCGAUGGCUCCGAAGAAGCUUGCAGAAGACCCGCCGCCCGCCGUGGUGGAGGACUCCGACGAUGAAACCAUCGACGAAGAGGAAGAGGAAGAAGAUGACGCCGUUGAAGUCAGCAAAGCAAGAUCUGUGGAUCUCAAUGACGAUGAUUUAGAAGAGGAGGAGGAGGAGGAGGAAGAGGAGGAGGAGGAGGAAGACAAGCCCUCUGCGGCGGUCACGAAGUCAAAUCCCCAAUCGGGUUCUGCCUCCGAAGACGAUUCCGGAUCCGGGUCGGAGACCGAGUCCGAUAACCACUCGCCGUCAGCUUCCGACUUCACCGUCAAGCCGAUCGUCUCCAAGCCCGCGAACGCCGUUAUGCCCAGCAAGAAGACUGCUUCGGCGAAGCCGGCGGCCGCGCCCAGUUCCGGGUCGAAGCGACCGGCGGAGACCGAGCCCAAGCCGAAAAACUCAAAGAAGAAGAAAGUCGGCGGCGACGAUGAGGAUGCUAAAAAGGGGCAGCGUUUUUGGAGCGAGGACGAUGAGAUAACGAUCCUGAAGGGCAUUAUAGAGUUCGAAAGCAAGAAAGGUGUGGCGGCGAGUUCGAAUGUGGCCCCAUUCCUUGAGUUCAUCAAGAAUAAUUUGCAGGUCGAUUUGAGCAUCGACCAAUUGGUUGAGAAGUUGACUGAUAAGAUCAGGAGAUUGAAGAAGAAGUACCAGGCUGGAGAGGAUGGCGAGGACCCGGUGUUUUCGAAGCCCCAUGAGCUUAAGUGCUUUGAGCUGUGCAAAAAGAUUUGGGGUUCUGAGGCUAAUGGACUCGAUAGCAAUGUAAAGGGCGGUAAGAGGAAGCCGCUGAGGAAGAAUAAUAAGGUUAACAAUGAUACGGUUCUGGCCUUGCCGGUUUCAGACGUGUCUGUGAAGAAAGAGGUGCAGAAUAAUGUGACUAAUAGAGGAGUUAAGGCUGACCAGGACGACUUUUGGUCUAAGUAUCCAUGUCUGAGUGGUUCUUUGAGGACGGGCAAUUGUGCACCGAGGUCGGAUUUAACUAGACUUUUGAUUGAGAAGAUGCCUUCUUUGGUUGGGAGUUCCAAGGCUAAAGAGUUGGAGGAGAGGUGGAGGGUAUUGCAGCUCAUUGAAAUGGAUUUGUCUGUCAAGAAGCUUGAUUUGAUACAGGAGCAGACUAAACUUGUAUUGGAUUCGAUGAAGUCUUUGAAGGAUUAGAGGUUAUCUUGAAGGUAGUUCAUGGUUUUUCAUGGAUUUUAUGUUAAUAUUUUGAGUCGAAAACUUAGUGGUAUAGGUUCUCUUAUGAUAGAACCUGUUUUGUUUGAUGCUUGGAGGUUCUCAAAUUUUGCUCUAUACAUGAUGUGUCACAUGGAGAUCAUUUUCUUAUAAUUCAAGUAAUUUUCUGUA